AUGGGUCUCAUACACAAGCUCGAGGAGAAGGUGCUCCACCACGGCGAUAAGAAGCAUGAACAGCAGCACAUGUAUGCAUUGAAUCUUUCAGAACUUUUCCCAUUUCCACUAACCAAAGCAAGGCCUUCUCAUCAACAACAAAGCUUCGGUCAGCAGGGCUUUGGUCAACAGAGUUAUGGCCAACCCCAAGGCGGCUACGGUGGUGGCGGCAUGGGCAUGAACGGUGGUCGCCAGGAGUUCGGUGGUCACCAUUCCGGUGGAGGUUUCGGUGGGGCUUCGCAACAAGGAGGACAAUUUGGUCCUCCAGGCGGUAUGGGUGGCCCUACAGGCGAUAUGGGAAUGGGUCGUGAGGGCCACCAUGGUGGUCACCAUGCUAAUUCGGGUGGUAUGGGUGGAGCUCAGUUUGGUGGAGGUCCGGGAGGAAUGGGCGGUGGACCUCAUGGUGGUCGUGGAGGCCCUGGAGGUUGGUAG